AAUUUUUGGACAUUUUAUUUGUGUGAAACGAGUUUAAUGUCACAUAAAUACAGUUAAGUUAAUGUUAAUUUUUAUAAAUUAGGACAUGAAGACUGCUAUAAGAGUAAUCAUCGACAGAUGGAAGUGUCCCGUCUCGUAAAAAAACUUACAAUCUGCAUAAUCAGCUGUCAGUGAGAUAGAUCAUCUGUCCCUGUAAAUAUAAAAGCUAAAACAAUCAUAACACGUAUUAGAUAAGUGAAUGUAAAUAAUGAAGUAAACAUUAACGCUACAAUGUGACCCUGAUUAGUGAUCGACGAGCAAGCAAUACGAAAACAGAAAUGGGAUAAUAACCUAACAGUGGUGCCAGAGGUCCUGACAUGGCUUUUCCAUGAGGCUCAAGUUUUGUGUUGGUUAACGUGUGAAACUUGAAUAAUGUCCGGUGACUUUCCGUUCGCUCCGAAAAUAGUAAGCCCAGUGAAGUGCAAUGAGAAGCCGUGGGAUCUGUGGAUCAGUGAGAUAGGUCAUCUGUCGCCGCGGCGGGACGAUGACGGGUUUAUGGUGCCGUCGGGGGUGGACGCGAAGGGCGUCUCCGCCCGUCGCGUCCACACCUCCCAUCCGUACAAGCCGGCCCGCCACCGGCGACCGGGCCACAAUCGUCUCAAAUACGAGGCUAUGAGCCUCCAUGGACUCUUUCCUCAGUUAGACGACCUAAACGCCGCCGUGUGUCACAUGUGUGGUGUCAUAGUGAAGUGCAGUGCGGCUUAUAGACAUUUAUUAGAUUCCCACUCGAAUGCCGAACCGAUACUCCCACCGCCGCCGCCUAUUAGCACAAGUAAAAGCAGGAGUCGACACAAAAAGGAAGCACCACCCCCUUUGCCCAUAGAUCUACAUCCAGUGAAAAUGGAGACAUCACCUAUCCAUACCGCAACAGCUCCUAUCUCGAGGAUAGUUUUACCACAGUCUGAAUUACAGUAUCUUGAUGAAGCUAGUACAUCUUCAGGAGUAACAGGAGAAGUACAAGUGUGCGUAGAAACAGGAGAGCUACCAGUGGUCAGUAUACAGGAUACUGAAGAAUUACCUCUCGGUGAAAAUAUCACAGAUGACAUCUUUGAUAUAAUGAAUUCAGAGGGUAUCCAAACUGCCGAUGAUAUAGCAAAUUCAACAGACUGGAAGAAUAUCAUAAGGGAUAUAGGUAACAUGCCAGAUAUAAACUUUCCUCAGGUGACGGAGCCUGUACCUACUCAAGAUUUAUACCCGACAGUGCAUCCAACAACACUAUCCUCAUACUCAAUACCAGAGGCAGAUCUAUCAAAUAUACAGUUCAUACCGAACACUACCCCCAUCAUGCCCUCAGUGAUAGAUAAGAAUAUACUCAAUCAGACGCAGGCUUUAAAACCGGCGGCGGCGAGCAAACCGACAGCGAAGACGCCGUCGAGAUCGAAAUCGAGUAAAACGAAAUUCAACUUGCGAGAAUACGACCCGAACAAACACUGCGGCGUAGUGACUGCGGAGAACCCAAAACCAUGCACGCGGUCCCUCACGUGCAAAGCACACGCGCUAUCGCUGCGGAGGACAGUGGAAGGGCGCGCCAAGCCCUUCGACACGUUGCUGGCGGAGCACCGCGCCUCGCGUGACGCUGGCGCCGCGCCCCCACCGCCGGCGACCCGCGCUCUCAACAUCCCACCGCUCCUAGUCAACGCGAACAUCGAUCUCGGCGAAUUUAACGGACUCACGGCCGAACAACAGGUCGAUAACAUCGUAGAAAGUUUGCUGCAAGACUCCGGCGCAGUGCUGCCGGACACGACGAAUAUCUCCUCGUUAUUAAGUCAGCCGUUGACCGACCCGUUCCUGCUGCCGGACGAUGCCGAGUUUCCGGCGGAGGUGCCGAUCUUGAGUAUAGCAUCGCCUGUGGAGACGGCGCCGGCGGCUAUGCUCGAAAAACCGGACGACGGUCCGCCGCCGCUGGUGCCGGCGGACGUGUGUUGGUACUCAUCAUCACCGCGGCCACUCGCGCUGUGCACGUUCAACGCAUCGUGUGCCGGCGGUGCGGUAACCCUCGGUAAAAAGUUUGCCACUGUCCGGAGUAACAUCAAAUCAUCGCUCUCGCGGUCAAGUAAAAACUCCGGCGCGAACAACUACUAUUACGGACAGAACGCUCUGUCGUUAUCCAAAACUGUACAUAUGAACGCUAGUAAAACGAACAAACCCGAAGUGCGGAAACUGAUAGUGACGUGUAGUGCGACGGCCGGUAAGGAGAGUCAACAGACGUUUAGCGAGUUGUUUCCUGGCGACGUGCGGCAUGCUCUCAACGGUCACGUGCCGGAGUUCAAGCCGCGCGCGAAACACGCGCACACGCACGCGCACGCGCACGCCAAGCGGCCGUCCUCCGCCGUGCUCGAUCUCGGCUUUGCGCUGGACGUCCUCGCCGACGAAAAGUGCUAAUUAAACAAUCACCGGUUGUGUAGUCACAUAUUUGUAUAUUUAUUAUUCUGUAAAAAGUUGAAUCGAGUCGCGACGUCUAUUGUAAAAAGAUCACAAAUUAUAUCCACAGGAUUCGUCACUACGUUAAGAGUUGUAAAUCUCAUUUUUUUUUCACCGAGAUGCGAAUCGUUUGUAUUUUUUUUGUAUAUUAUAAAAGUAAGAUUUUUUUUGAAAAAAUCUUUGUAAAAGUCGACAGUCGGUAUGAAUCGAUGGAAAUUAAAAUUAGCUUUUACAGAAUGGUUGUAUUUUUUUGAAAUGACAUAACUCAUUGUUAAUACUGAAUUCAAUACUGAUAAAUGGCCUAGGAAUAAUAAUGAUUUAAUGUGAUGCAAAUUUCCAUGUAAAAAUAUAAAUAAAUUUAUAUAAUAAGUCUAUCCGUAAUAGUGAAACGCCUCCUUUUCAAAAUAAAGGCAAAUACCUCAAUAAC